CACCAACUUCAUCACAUUGGAUCUCAUUUUUCAUUUUUCAUUUUCUCCGGAUUUACUAAUCGACCACAGCUUCGAAAUCGGUAAUCUGAUCUAUCACUAUGGGUGGUCAUAUUGAUUUGUACCUCGACGUCGCGUCGUUGUACAGCUACAUAGCACUUAUCCAAGCUAUAAAAACUCAAGAUCUCCUAAAACAGCACUCGGUAGAAAUCAACAUCCAUCCGUUCUUCCUAGGCGCCGUAAACGCCAGCUCCGGCAACAAACCCCCCUGGACCCUCCCCGCCAAAGCCGUCUACGGGGUGCACGACAGCCAGCGCUCACUGCGCGCCGUCGGACUGGCCAAUGUCUCGCCGCCGGGGGACCUAAUGCAAGCGGGCCGGACCAUGGUCCCGCUCCGCGCGCUCCUCUACAUCAAGACGCACUGCCCGGCCGCGACGUACCUCGCGACGUGGCGGGCCCUGUUCCACGCGUUCUGGACGCUGCACCGGCCGCCCAUCACGCCCGAGACCUUGGGGCAGACGCUCGCGGGGAUCCCCGCCGGCACCAACGCCGCCGGUUCGUCUCCGCCGGAGGUUUUAGGGCCGGGGGAUGGCGGGGAAAGACUGUUCUCGGCCCCGGAGGUCGCGGGCAUCUUGCAGGCGGAGAAGUCCGCCGAGUACAAGAACGCGCUCCGGGAGACGACGCAGAGAGCGCUGGAUCAGGGCGCGUUCGGCGCCCCGUGGCUGUGGGUUACGAACGCGGCGACGGGGGAGAGCGAGCCUUUCUUCGGUAGCGAUAGGUGGAGUCACGUGUAUGCCUUCCUUGGGCUGCCGUAUCGCGAUGUUGAGUUAUUACCCCCCGGGGCUGCGAGGGGUUCGGAAGCAAAACUCUGAUUUCAGAAUUGAGAUAAGGAGGU